AGAGACACUCUCUAGCUUCUUGUAACUCCUUUGCCAUAUGCCUUUGUUUCUUUCACGUCUGAAGGGGCCAUCAAAUGAACCAGGAUUAAGGUAGAUCUAAAUAAAACCAGGAGAUUAAGAAACAUGACACCAUCUUAAUCCAGGUUGUUCCCCAGUGCAGCCUUACAGAGACGAGAGAAGGAAGGUGGCUGCAUCCCGGAAGGCUUUUCACUGAGCUAGGAGAAGAACGCGAAACAAAGGAGUCCAAAUUGCUCGAAUUGAAGGAGUGUUUUGCUGUGAAGCAAGUUAGUGUGAAACUUUGGAUUCACCAGGAUGCAGUUGGGGUUUGGACUGUUGAAUAACAUUGAAUCUGAGGAUCUGUAGGGUGAUCUGAAGACUUGGAUUACCUUUGAGAUGCCUUUGAUUGUGAAGGAGAAGCUGAAAAGUCGGUUAUUCCACUGACAGCUGACAGCUGGGCUACAAAAGGGACCCUCUCAUAUCAGCACAGACUCUAUUGUCUUUGGAACCGAACACUGCUGAAGUCAUGGCACAGCUGGGAGCAGAUGAAGACGUGCUCUGCCACUAGUUGCCAUUAGUUGGUGUCUACCUGCUGCUCCUGUGUAUCUUGUGUAUAAGCCCAGAGCACUGUGAUGCCUGUAGGCACCAAUCAGGUGGUCCUGACUGGGCCCGUACCCCGCCACAGCCUCAUGACCCUGUCCGAGUCAGAAUGCGUACAGGAUGAAGAAGAAGAGGGGGGGAUGAAGAAGCAUCUAACGCCUCUGGAGCGCCUGUCCAUGAACAUGUGCCAUGAUCAGAAGACCGUUAAGGAGUUACUGGUGGGCAGCAGGGUGGGCUUCUACCUGGUCCGUGGACAGAUUGGCUACGGAAGCUUCUCCAAGGUCAAGCUAGCCUUCCAUGCACUCACUAAAGACAAGGUUGCCAUCAAGGUCCUUGAUAAGACACGUCUGGACGCGCAGUCUCAGCGCAUGCUGUCCAGGGAAAUCUCAAGCAUGGAGGCCCUGCAGCACCCGAAUGUGGUGCGACUGUACGAGGUGGUGGAGACACCCAGCCGGAUGUAUUUGGUGCUGGAGUAUGCCGGGGGUGGUGACCUCCAUACUAGAAUCACAGAGGGGAAACUCUCAGAUGCUGUCAGCAAGAUUGUCUUUGCCCAGAUCCUGUCUGCCAUCAAACACCUGCAUGACAAUAAUGUCAUCCAUCGAGAUCUGAAGGCUGAGAAUGUGCUCUUCACCUGUGAUGCCUGUAUCAAAGUGGCCGACUUUGGCUUCAGCACCAGGGUCAAGAACCGGAGCGACAUCUUGGACACCUUCUGUGGCUCGCCCCCCUACGCUGCCCCCGAGCUCUUCCGCGAUGAUAACUAUGUGGGGCCGCCGGUGGACAUCUGGGCCAUGGGGGUCCUCCUCUUCUUCAUGGUGACGGGGACCAUGCCCUUCCGGGCCGACACCAUCAACAAGCUGCGCUGCUGCAUCCUGGAGGGCACCUACAGCAUCCCCACCUGGGUGUCGGCGCAGUGCCAGCGCCUGAUCCGGGGAAUCUUGCGCCAGGAGCCCGCCGAGCGCUGCGCCCUGGACCAGAUGCUGGGCUGUGAGUGGCUGCUGCCGGUGGAGAUGUCCCGGCCCCACCCCCCCCUCCAGCUCAAUCCCAUUUACCUGGUGGAGGCGGACCCUGGGGAUCUGUCGGAAGAGGAGGAGGAAGUGAAAGGGCAUCUGGAAGAGCUGGGCAUCACCAUGGACCGCAUCGACAACAACCAGGGCAAAGGGAGCCGAAGUGCUAUCACUGGCGUCUACCGCAUCCUGCUUCACCGUGCCCAGAGGAGUCGCGGAGCGGAAAGUCUACCCAUCAUAUGUGGUGUGGUUAAAGACCCGAAAAAGGACAGCCUCCGUACUUACAGGGGUCUUCGGCACACAUCUAAGUUUUGUGCCAUUGCAUGAAAGACCUUAAUAGAUUGACCCAAAUAAUCCUACAACUUUUGUGGAUCAAAGGUACAUUGCUUACUGUGUUGUAACAGAGCGUUCAUUUCUGUGAAUAAUGAAUGCAAAUGCACCCACUGAAAGGAUAUGGGACACCUCUUUUUUAAAUAAAUAUAUGCAGAAUGUAUUGUAUCAAACACUGCCGCACAUCACAAUGGUAAGUUUCGGGUAAAAUAAUAGUUUGCUUAGAAUUUAUUGAUGAUUUUUACAAACAAAAAUAAUAUGCUGCUAUGAUAUUAACGUGAUGUGAGACAGUCAGAAAAUAAGGAAAUGUAUUUAUCUUGAUGGUGCAUGGAGCUCUUAUAGCCUUAUCAUAAUGAAGGCAAUUAUUUUGUAUUUUUGUAAAUAAAUAAACCUUUUGGAAGUCUGA